AUCAUUUUGAAAAAUUUGUGGCACCCAUUGCAGCAGCCUACCGAUACUGGGUCACCCCCAUAUCCAAAUCCUCCUCCUCUUCCUCCCCUGUUCUACUCAUCUUCCUCGCUUUGCCUCCUAUGUAAUCCUAAAUACCCAUUUCAUCCCUCUUCUUCCUGACCACGUUCUUGAACCAAUAAGCAUUUGUCUCAUUGUCCGAAGAUUAUAAUGAAAGCUUUCUCUGCUAUCGGCUUGUCCGAGUCGCUGUUUCUGUCAAAGGCCGUUCUUCCCACCGCGAGUUUCCAGGUUUAUUUUCCUACAAAAUUCUUCAUUUGCCACGCAAAGUUUGCGGCAGCUGAAUCAGAGAGAGAUGAGCCCUUCGGCUGGAGAGUGGUUCCUCCAACCUUGUUAGUUGCAGAAAAAGAAGAAGCCAAGGCUGUUCUAAGCUUGUUCUUGAAAAAACAAGGUCUUAGCAAUGCAGUUGCUGCAAGAACAAUAAAAAAAUCUGACCUCCUCAUUGACCACCUUGUCUCCAGGCUUCAUUCUGUUCAUAAAUCUCGGUAUCUAGUAGGACGAGAGCUUACAACUCUUGAAAUCAGGGAUGCUCUUAUUCCGUACCUUGAAAACCUCCUUGAAGGGCAUGAAAAUGUUCUGUUAGAUGUAGUGGAGAACUUUCCAAACCCACCUACCAAGGAAAGAUCUGUUGCUCCGGUAUUGCUGACCAAUUCAACCCUAGAUUACAAGAAGCAAAAAGCUGCAUCUCGAACUCAUGCAAGUGAGACUGGACCCGAGGGAAAUCUCCGACCGCAUAUACUGUACCUUAUAGAGCUCGGCAUGGAGCUUGAGCAGAUCAAGAAAAUUAUUCGCAAGUUCCCUGCUUUUGCCUACUACAGCUUGGAGGGGAAAAUCAAGCCAGCAAUAGAGUUCUUUCUCGAUCUUGGAGUUCCAAAAUCAGACAUUCCUAGCAUCCUUAUCAAAAGGCCUCAAUUGUGUGGAAUCAGUCUGUCGGAAAACCUAAUACCCACCAUGACAUUUUUGGAAAACUUGGGCGUGGACAAGAAACAGUGGGCAAAAGUUAUAUACCGUUCUCCAGCAUUUCUCACUUACAGCAGGCAGAAGAUGAAUACAACUGUGGAAUUUCUCCGUGAAAUGGGACUUACUGCAGAGAACAUAGGUAAGAUUCUAACACGUUACCCAAACAUCAUUAGCUACAGUGUGGAUGAUAAGCUAAGACCAACAGCUAACUACUUCUUGUCACUUGGGGUUGAUGUUGCGUCCCUUUUGUACCGAUGUCCACAGACUUUUGGUCUAAGUGUUGAGGCCAAUUUGAAACCCAUCACAGAAUUCUUCUUGGAGAGGGGAUACACUAUGAGAGAAGUUGGAAUCAUGAUUUCAAGAUAUGGAGCUCUAUAUACAUUCAGCUUGGCUAAAAACUUGAUACCAAAGUGGGAGUUCUUUUUGACGAUAGACUAUCCAAGAUCAGAGUUAGUCAAAUUCCCUCAAUAUUUUGGUUACAGUUUAGAAGGGAGGAUCAAACCAAGGUUUGCACUUGUGAAGGAGCGUGGAGUGAAGUUGCUGCUGAAUGAGGUAUUGUCUCGCACAGAUCAUGUGUUUGACAAAGCUUUAAACAGGAAAGGGAAGAAAAUGCUGCACAGCAAGGCCUCAAGGGUUUCAGAUAAGAGUGAUGAUCUUCACUCGGAUGUGGAGCAAUAAGACUGUUCUGUGUACAUAGCAACCUAACUCAAAAGAAACACCAAUGCAAUGCCCAUGCUAUUGUCAGAUCAAAAAACGUUGAAGCAGGUGCACUGAAUGGACAGUAGAAUAGUGGAUUUAACAUAUUGUUUCUGAGAAUCAGAGAAGAUGUAUAUAUAUUUUUUGUUUUUGGUGCUGCAUGCCUGCAUCUGCAAACCAAGGGCAAUGAAGUGUUGUUUAAGCUUCUAUAAUCAAAUUUGAGAGUAUGCUGUCUGGUGCA